AUGUCCACCAUGUUAACCCGACCCACGGCCAUCCUCAUCUUCUCCCUCGUCUUCCUAAACCUCUACCUCUUCCACCGACUCAUCCGCCAACCCGUCGUACCAAUCUCACCCACCAUCGUCCCAACCCCAAGCCCAGCGGCAGCAGAGAUACAAGAAAUACACCUACCACCACAACAACCACCCCAAAUAACCACCACCACCACCGAAGACCCAACAACCCUAUUCCCAACCACCACCCUCGCAACAAUCACCACCCACACCACCACAUCCACAUCCACAUCCACAACAACCUACCCUCACAAAACCCACACUCAACCAACCAGCCACUCCAUCCCGCACAAACUGUGGCAAAAAACCGGCACAAAAGGCCUCACCACGCAAGCCGAAUCCUGGAUCUCAACCUGGACAACCCUAAACCCACACCUACGGCACGAGAUCCUCACCGAAACAUCCAGCCUCGCCUACGUGGAAACGAACUUCCGACCCAUCUGGCCCGAAAUCGCCGACCUAUACACGUCCCUCUCCGUGCCCAUCCUCCGCGCCGACCUCCUGAGGCUCCUAAUCCUCUACAUCGACGGCGGGAUCUGGUCCGACCUGGACGUAUCCUGCGAAGUGCCUAUAUCGCAAUGGCCGAUCCCGCCGACGGCGAACGUAGUCGUGGGGAUCGAGUUCGACGGGUGGCAGUUUGCGUCGUGGACGGUGAUGUCUACCCCCGGGAAUGGACAUAUCUAUCAUGCGAUUGAGUAUGUGGCGGGACGGUUGGAGGGGCUUGCGAGGGAGAAUAAUGUGACUGUGGGCGAGGUGACGAUGGAGAUGAUUCCGGAUGUGGUGGAUGUGACGGGGCCGCAGGCUAUUACUGUUGCGUUGUUAGAGACGAUUAGUGAGGAGGUGGGACGCGGGGUGGGCAAGGAGGAAAUUGAGGGGAUUGGGGAGGGCGGGGUGUUGCUCGGGGAUGUGCUUGUGUUGCCCCAGGCGAGCUUUGCGGCGUUACAGGGCGGGAUGCCGCAGGGGCAGGGGGAGUAUUUGGUUAGUCAUCAUUAUGCGGGGAGUUGGAAGAAUGAGGUGGGUGGAGAGGAGGGGGUUAAGGAGGAUGAUGGGGGGGAGGAGCGGGAUGGGGAGGAGGAGGUGGUGAUUGUUGUGGAAGGGGAUGGGGAGGGUGAUGGGGGGGAAGGAGGAAGGGAUUAG